CCCAGUGGAUUAGAUUAAUCAUGGAUGUCAGGAUUUCCUUUGUGUUCAUUUUAAACACUCUUCUGGGUGCGCAGGGUUUGCAAUCGAGUGUGAAGGAUGCUACAUGCUGUGUUCCCACUCAGUUUGAGGCCAAAGUGUACAUGGAUGCAGAGUUGGUAUUUCUGGAUACAACAUCAUCUGUGUCAAGGCCACUGACAGCCUACAGCAUGUUCAAUUACACAGUGCACCUUGCCUAUGACUAUGACAGACAGCAGUUAUACAUGCAUGCCAAUGUUACUGAGACGUCGCCAUUGAUCCCACAUCCUGUGACCGACUCUGUUUUGUACUUGUUCGAUCACAAACAUGGUGUUAUGUAUACUGUCAAUGGUGGACAUGACGGGAAGUGUCAGAAAGACAAUUCAACAGUUCCCAUGUCACAGCAAUGCAUACCAGAUGAUGCCUUGCUGCAAAGAAACAGUGCCAUAGGAAACCCCAGUCUGCAGCCAUUAGCAGCCAAAGUUUACCAGUAUGAAGUGAAAGGAGACCCCGAUGCUUUCCCCUUCUAUAUUCAGGCUUUUGUCAAACAAAAUGGAAAACAGUGUCUUCCCAUGAAGCUCCAUGUAGUCACUGCAGGUGGUUCUGGCACCAUGAAUGCUUGGGUCAUGAACUUUGUAAACUUAACCCAAGGAAUUCAGGAUCCUAGCAUCUUCAGUGUUCCUGGUCCAUGUAGAGGUGCCACACAGGUGACUAAGAUUACAACUGCACAGGAACCAAAAUGGAAACAGGCAUUGGAAGUGUUACUUGGGACAAUCAAUUAAAAUAAAAAUAAUUUAGCAUGAUCCUCAUCCAACAGGCACUCAGGCAGCGAUUUAAUACUUAUUACUGAACCAAGAUAUUUUGCUAAAUUGAACACUUUCCUCAUAUAAAGUCUUUUCAUUGUCUUUCGCAAUUUCUUUCAUAGGAAUUUGAAAAAAAAAAAUUAUAUAGCCUCUUCUUGAUGGUCAGAGUAGCAGGUACUGAUACAAAAUAAUUUGGAACCUUUAUCUGGACUUAGUCUAAAAACUGAUCAACACGGCUUUGAAACACCUCAACCUACUCUUAGGACCUUGGAUGGUUACCAAGGACUUGUCUGAUAUGGAAGUUAUGAUUUAAUUUAAAAUAGUUGUAUAUUAUCUCAGCUUGAUAUAUUAUGACUUUCGUAAACUUGGAAGGCACAGUUUUUGCUUCUUUUAAGAUACAAAUGCUACUAAACCACAGAACUGCUUUUCUCAGGGAUUAUAAAUAUUAUGUAUUAGCCACUUUUUACCAUGAAGCAGUGGAAAGAGUAGUGAUUACAAAUGCAAUGAAAGCUUUAAUGACAUUUAUGAACUUUUAUUUUAAUAAAUUUCUUAACAUCCUUGAAAAAACUAAUUAAAUUUAACUCAACUGUUCUGUGCUGAGAGAGAAAAACUGGUUUUGUCUCGGCACUGACAAACAUGCAUUGCACAAAGUUAUAAGACUAUAAAUGAAUUUGCAAUUUAAUUUCUAUUUAACAAAUACAAUUUAACAAUAACACCUCUACAAUCUUAACAAAAAGAAAUAAGGAAUGGACUACAACAACAUUACGAUAAUGGCCUUCACUCCUGGUGAACAACUACUAGCUAUUUAACGAUUCUACAGUAAACUCUUGAAACAAAAGCAAGGCUAUUCAUGAUCAAGAAUCGGGUUAGUCCAAUAAAUCUCUUCACCGAUUUACAAUGUGGACUCUUGGCAUCUCUGAUUGAUUAAUAACUGGACUCUAAAUACUAAAGAUGGCACUUUUGCUUGUUACUACAACACCUGAUGAUAACUAGAUAUAAUAUCUCUCAAUUUAGGUAUGUGAGAUAUUCUAUGCCAUUGUUGAGAAAUUAAUACUUUAAAAGGAGUACACCUGCUCCUUUGCACAACAAACUGAGAAAAACUUGUGUCAGAGUGAAAAAACUAAUACCACUUUGCCUCCUAAAUACUUAUGGCAGCUCAUUUAAAAUAAACUGAAGAUAUAUACUAAAAAUAAAUAUAAAACAUAAAUGCACAUUUUUUAUAUAAAAUCUUUUGUCUUUGAUGCCCUUUCCUCUUACAUCACUCACUUUUCAGGAUAUCUUUCACUUAUCACAGUAACUAUAAUUAAAAGGCAUCACAUUCAAUUACAGGGUGCCUAUGGCAUUUCUGCAGCAGCCAUGAAAUCAGUUUAACUGCAACUGAAUGAAGAUCAUGAAACAAAACAAAUUUGAAAUAAAUUUGAUUAAAAUUCAUCUUGUCAGACAAAAGGUAACCGGUACAGUAUGUAGAUAUGUAAACUUUAUAGUACUACUUGGACAACAGAUUCAAUUACUGCAGCACUAAUAAGUACUGUUUAUACAUAUCAACAAAUGAGUACAUGUGCAAAUUGUGACCUUCACAGCAGGUGCAUAAUAAGGUGUUAUCGCUUUCCGAGUCACUGAAAGAUAUUUUAAUAGCACAAAAGCUAAGAAACUAAUACUCUGGAGCAAUUGGUCCUCCUUAACAGCAAUUGACCUCACAAUGUCACUUUAUCUUCACUGCUGUUGACAAUGCUUUCAUUCCUUUAUGUUUACCAUUGCAUUUGUCCAAGGGGAAAAUCAUCACUUGGUC